GGGACACUUGACACAGAAGAGGAGGAAGCGUGUGACCACUGGCAGAGAUUGGAGUGCUGCUGCCACGAGCUAAGGAAGCCAUCAGCCACCAGAAGAGGCUGGAAGAGGCAAGAACAGAUUGUCCCCAGAACCUCCAGAGGGAACGAAGCCCUGCCCACACCUUAAUUUUGGUCCAGUAAGGCUGAUUUCAGACUUCUGGCCUCCGGAACUAUGAGAGAAUAAACCUCUGUUGUUUUAAGCCAUCCAGUUAGUGGUAGUUGGUUAUGGCAGCCCCAGGAAACCACAGCAUCCGGGCACAGGAUUUCAUGCAUUGCUGAAGUGUGGCUCACACAUCAGUCCCUUAUGGAGGCCUUUCUCUGUGUGUUCCUUGGACAAGUAUGUACUUGAGCCCAGCUCAGUGGGAGGUGGGAGACCAGGCUGAGGAUGCAGAGGUGGGUGAAGCACAGCCUCCCGGUUCCUGUGCAGGGGAAACUGGCAAGUGUGCAACACUUCACACCAGGAUCUGCUGUGAUGGAGACACGUGCACGGGGGAUGAGAAUGAUGACCUGUACUGUCGGACCUGCAGGCAGUUCUUCAGUUCCCUGCAUAACAAGCGGGAGCACCUGCUGGGGAAGCAGCACCUGCAGAACCUCACAGGGGAAUUUGAAAAAGAUUCUGCUGAGUGCUUGAAGCAUCUGGAGCCUCUGGAGGGAGAGGUAGGUCAGAAUUUGAACAAAGGGGACUCAGAGGAGGAAGCUGAGUGCCCUGAUCCACUUCCACUCAGAGGCCUGAUUCCAGAGACAAGUUUUGCUUCACUUGACUUACGUUUCUUGCAAGAGUUCAUCUUUAAACUUCUGAAAAUCAAAGAAUUUGAGUUCAGAGAGCUGAGGAAGACUUUAGAAAGAGCUCAAGCAGAGCAGGAGGCCCUGCAGAGGCAGCUGCUGGAGUUCCAGAACCGGCAGCAGAGGCUGGAGGUGGAGCUGGCCGGCCUGAAGACCUACGGGGUCGUCCUGGAGAAGGAGUUUGAGAACCUGAACAUGGUCCUGAUGCUGUCCCACUUCGGCCUGCGACAUAAAGCAGUGCCCACCCCUGCACCGAUGGAAACCCAGGACGCAUUCUGGACACACGGGAGUCAGCUUCCAAAGAUUCAUUACCCUCAGUGGAGGAGGAGUGGAAGAUCCUGGGGUCCUGUGGAUGGGACAGCCAGGACGGCUCUGCUGACCCAGGAAAAAAUAAAUUGUGCAUGGUAG